CUCACGCUUAUCACCGGUGUCACCGGCUUCGUCGCUGCCCACGUGCUCGAUGCGGUGCUGGCCUCGCCCCAGAAGUACCGGGUGCGCGGCACCAUGCGCUCGAUGGCCAAAAAAGACGAGAUUCUGAACCGUCUGAAGCCCGAGGACCGGGAGCGGGUCGAGUUUGUCCAUGUGGAAGACACGGCCUCGUCGGAUCUGUCUGGCGCCCUCGACGGCGUCAAAAUCGUCUUCCACGUCGCCUCUCCGUUCCAGAUCCAGGUGGACGACGUCGCAAAGGAUCUUCUGGACCCCGCAUUGGAUGGCACACUGAACGUGCUGCAGGCGGCCCAGAAGCAGGCCAGCGUGAAAAAGAUUGUCAUUACCUCGUCCUUUGCCGCCGUGACGGAUCUCAACGCCGGGGACACUCAGCGACCGGGCUACGUCUACACGGAAAAGGACUGGAACCCGGCGACGUACAAGGAAGCUGCCGCCGCGACGGGGCCCAUGGCCGGUGUCUUUGCCUACUACGCCUCCAAGAAGCUCGCCGAAAAGGCAGCGUACGACUUUGUCAAGGAGAACAAAUCCACCUUUGAGAUCGCCUCGAUCAACCCCCCCGUGAUCUACGGCCCGACGAUCCAGCCCGGCGUAACCCAGAAGAACCUCAACCUCUCCAGCUCGGGCAUCUACGCCAUGAUUUCCAGCCUCGACGAGAUGCCCGGGGACCACCUGCCGCUGUAUUGCGAUGUCCGCGACGUCGCUCUGGCCCACGUCCUCGCCGUCGAAAAGGAGGGCGCCAUGGGCAGCCGCUACCUGACGUCCGGUGGCCUCUUUACCUGGCCCCAGGCCGCUCACCUCUUGGCCGAGAAGCGCCCCGAGCUCAAGUCACGGCUGCCCAAGAACUGGGAACAGGUCCCCGUGGAGGAUGUCUCGAGCAAAUUUGCCAGUAUCGACACCAGCCAUGCGCAGAAGCAGCUGGGCCUCCAAUUCAGGAGCUGGCAGUCGACCUUCCUCGACAGCGUCGACAGCCUGGUUGAGCUGGAGAAGUCGGCCCACUGGAGCAGAUAA